CAAGACAUAUAGUCUCAACGUGUUGUUUUGCAUCCAUCACCCUCUCAGGUCUGAGACCUUCGUGCAUAUUAUAACAUACCAAGAUGAGCUCGACCAUCCUUGAUUCUGCAUGCGCAGGGGCCCCGGCUUGCUACGAGGCGAGCUUUCGGGCCAUCGACGAGGAGGAGGACGCGUGGCUGCCCAAUCCCUACCAGGAGCAGGCCGACGCACAGGUCGCUGCGGGGGCGUGGCCAGGGAUGCCGAUGUUGUAUGGUGUGCCCUCGCACCCUUACGGCGUUCAGGAUGGCGCCCAGUGCUUCAUGGUGGUUCCGAUCGAGGCCGCCGCGGCGGAGCAGCAAGCUAGCAGCGGGUGGAGCAUCGACCCGAACGUCGCGUUCGGCGUCGCGGACUGCUGGGCCCCCGAGCAGGCGUGGGGCUACUGCUGCCCUGCCGGCGACGAGGGCAGCAAGGGCCUCCGCAGCGGCAGCGCGGCCGACAGCACCGACGAGGGCGAGGACGCCUACGACUCGCAGGGGGAGAGCGAGAAGUCCGCCGCGGAGGAGGCCGGGGAGGCCGGCAGGGAGAGCGAGGACGGGGAGAGCGGCAAGGGCGCCCACAAGCUCAGCCACAGCAACGUCCCCAAGAACACGGACAUGGCCAGGUUUGCAGGGGAGACGGGGGAGGACGGCGUGACCACGCUGAUGGUCCGCAACAUACCCAACGUGUACACGCGGAGCAUGCUCAUCGAGGAGCUGGACGGCCUGGGCUUCGAAGGAGACUACGACUUCAUCUACCUGCCGAUCGACAAGAGCACCCAGUGGAACGUUGGGUAUGCGUUUGUAAAUUUCAAGACGCCAGAGGCGGCCAGGCGGUGCGUGACGGACGUGGCGGACUACACGUUUGACCGCUUCGAGCACGGCUCCCGGAAGGUGGCCCAGAUCUCGGUGGCCCACAUCCAGGGCCUCGAGAAGAACCUGGAGUACUACAGCAAGACGGCGGUGCAGUGCGCGCGGGUGAACUCGCACCGCCCGCACUUCGUGUCCGACCGGCGCAAGGAGGGCCCGGAGGCAGCCGCGGCGGGGCCGCGGCGGGGAGGGCAGCAGGCGCGGGGCGGGGGCGCAGCAGCAGGAGCAGGGCUCGUGGCACCGCGGCAGGCGGCACUGAGCAGGGCUGCGCCCGCUGGGCUCCCCCGCGCGACCUCGGGCCCGCGGCGCGAGGCGCGGGGCGCUGCGCCGUCGGAGGGCCUGGAGCACGGCUCCUCGGGCGACCGCCGCCGGUGCCGCGCCUCGCUGUCCAGAUGCGUACUGGCCUCGCGCAUCGGGGCACGCUUGUUAUGUUAUAUGAUCGUAGUAGUAUCACCCCGGCGCGCCCUGGAACGCGGCAGGCUUCUGACUGUAGGAGGUGUGCCUACGGGAAGGUCGCAGCACGUAUGUUACCACGCACGUUCGGUCUCAGACGAGGCGAUGUGCACCACGAGUAUCAGUGGUGGUUGCGGUGGUGAAGGGGCAAUGGUCAGCAAUGGUCGCAUGAUUGUCGUACACAUCGCCAACAGAUGGUUGGGACCCUACCUGGGAGCUCUGAGUCUGGGCACUGUUAGUAUCGGCGUUGGCCUGCUGCUGCUGCUCUGUCUUGGUGUUCCCAUGGGGUCUUUUUUUGUUUUAUUCCGCCAUUGCGGUGCUGCCUCGAUGCGGCACAGAUGAGUGGUCUUUCCUGGGUACCUGCCUGGGAGCUCUGAGCCUGGGCACCGAAGUUGCGGCGUUGGCCGACUUGUGUGAUCUUCCCCUCUGGCUCUCAGCAGGUCCUGCUUUUUUCGUUCGCUGCUGCUGUGCCGCCUCGGUACACCGAGCGGUCUGUCUCACGAGUAGCUUGUUUUCCAGAGAGGCUCCCCCUGGGGGGCGACCGGAGCGAUCCCCUGGCCCAGACCUGUCGGUGCAGGUCUGUUCCUUGGGGAAAAAAAAACACUGCCCAG